CGAGCCCCGCCUCUUUGAUAUCCUAAACGCACUGUGUGAAGCAGAAACUAACCAACCACGGAGGAUGGACAGCCCCCCGGACACCAUCACCGGACAGCAUCAACGAAGAGCAUCACCGGAUAGCAUCAAAGUCUGCAUCUCAACACCGGUCGUUGGUGCGGGAUCAGCUACUGGGUGGGACUCUGCAGCCAGCUGGAGAGGUGACAGUUUGGAGAUUAGUGAGUGUGGCGUUUUGAUGAGAACAGCAUCGAUAACUUCUGUCCGGAUGCAUCAUUAGAUCCUACAUUUUUCAGAAAGUCUUUCAUGAACUGAAGGGAAACCAAGUCAUAGAUAAACGUGUUUAUUCCCACUCUGAAGUGCGUAACAAACGCUUUGCAAAGUGAGUUUCCUUACAGGCUGCACUACGCAGUUUAGCAGCAUGCAAACCAUGAAGCUGCUGAAGAAAGUUAGAGAUCUAAAAACGAACUGCGUCAGAUAGUCUGCUGCGACUAGACUGCAACCAUGUAGCCAGAUUGUUUUGGUUAUUCAUUCAAGAGUAUAUUCCAUUUGCAGUUACCAUGCAAGGCACUUUGAAGAGUAGCUCGUAGGUUGUGGUGAGCUAUAGGAGAUAGAAGCAGUAAAGAGAGAGGUUUAUUUGAGCUCCCAUCCACGCAGUUUUCAGCUUCUGAUACUCCAGACAAACAUGGCAAGACUACGGAGGAAAGCUUGCAUAGCCCUGUUUCUCUUUACGCUUUUUAUUUUUGGAGCCAUGAUGGGUCUGCGGACCCUGAAGCCCACUGACGGCUUUUCAGAUCUGGCUCCGGGCGUGGAGCUCGUGCCGAUGAUCGGGGGGAAGAUGGAUCGGAGAUCCGUGUCCCGUGAUGGCACUGCACCCACUGGUGAAGCCCAACCGGGAGCCAGCAACACCAAAGCAGUUUUGUCCAACUCCGGACCCGAGGGAACUAUAUUUUAUGACGUUCAUAUUUUUUACUACACCUGGUACGGUAACCCAAACUUGGACGGUAAAUACAUUCAUUGGGACCACAUACUGGUUCCUCACUGGGACAUCAAGGUAGCUUCCAGCUACCCGAGAGGGAGACACAUGCCACCCGAGGACAUCGGCUCCAGUUUCUACCCAGAACUUAAUCCGUACAGCUCGAGGGACCCGGACGUCUUGGAGUCCCACAUGGAGCAGAUCGGGGCAUCUGCUGCAGGGGUCCUGGUCCUGUCAUGGUAUCCUCCUGGCUUUGCUGACGACCACGGGGAACCCACUGAGGAUUUGGUACCAUCUGUACUGGAUGCUGCGUAUAGACACAACCUCAAGGUUGCAUUUCACAUCCAAACCUACAGAGGACGAAACGACCAGAGUGUGCACGAAAACAUCAAGUUUAUAAUUGACAGGUAUGGUGACCAUGGAGCCUUCUACAAGUAUACUACCAACACAGGAAAGAGCCUUCCUCUCUUUUACAUCUACGACUCGUACCUGACUCCUCCAGAGUCCUGGUCUGAAUUCCUGACUCCGACGGGCUCCCACAGUGUGCGAGACUCAGCCUAUGACUCCAUCUUCAUCGCCCUGAUUGUGGAAGAGCGCCACAAGCAUGACAUCCUCGCAGGGGGCUUUGAUGGCAUGUACACUUAUUUCGCCUCCAACGGUUUCUCUUUCGGUUCUUCUCACCAGAACUGGAAGGCAAUCAAGGCUUUCUGUGACGGCAACAAUCUCAUCUUCAUCCCCAGCGUUGGACCCGGUUAUAUCGACACUAGCAUCCGGCCGUGGAACAACCACAACAUGCGCAACAGGGUGAACGGUCGGUACUAUGAGACGGCCCAGCAGGCGGCACUCAAUGCGAGGCCAGAAAUCGUCACCAUCACUUCCUUUAAUGAGUGGCACGAGGGGACGCAGAUAGAGAGAGCGAUGCCCAAAAAAACAGUCACCCGUGUUUACUUGGACUAUCAGCCACAUGGACCCGAUCACUACCUGGAGUUGACCCGCCGCUGGGCAGAGCAGUUCAACAAAGAGAAGCAGCAGUGGCUCAUGUGAGCUUUAUCAGAAAGACUUGAAACGGCAUGCUAUGGUGAAGUGAUAGAACAAAAGACGGGGGAUGAUAUAAAUGUAGAUGGAUCCUUUGAGAUGUGAGUGCAUAAGGACAUGCUAUAACCUUCAACAAGGCCAGAUGUGCGAGUUUCUAUGCAUGCAUACGUUUGUGCACACAUGCUAAUCUGGCAGGUUAGGACACUGUGUCCUCAGUGCGACUUGUCCCGGUUGAGUUUUUGGGUAAAGCUGUAAUAAAAGGUUAUUCUGGGGAAGUUCUGAAAGGCUUUGUCGGCAGUCUCUUGCUCUUUUAAAAAAAAUGUAUGCAACUUAAUAAA